AUGGAACUUCCCUCAAAUCUAUCACCAGAUGAGGCAAGUCCGGAAUGGAUGAACAAAGGUGACAACGCGUGGCAGCUCACGGCUGCCACUCUAGUCGGGCUCCAGUGUGUGCCCGGCUUAGUCAUCCUCUAUGGUGGCAUGGUAAAGAAGAAAUGGGCAAUUAAUUCAGCAUUCAUGGCACUCUAUGCCUUUGCUUCCGUUCUCAUAUGUUGGGUUGGAUGGGGCUACCGAAUGUCAUUCGGUGACAAGCUUGUGGCCUUCUGGGGAAAACCAUCCGUCGCCUUGGACGAGAAGUACCUUCUUAGACCAGCAUUUUUGGGAUACUUCCCCACGGCAACAAUGGUUUUCUUUCAGUUCGUUUUUGCAGCCAUUACGCCAAUAUUGAUCGCUGGGGCACUUCUUGGGAGGAUGAAUUUUAUAGCAUGGAUGUUGUUCGUGCCUCUGUGGCAUACUUUUUCAUACACGAUUGGGGCGUUUAGUAUUUGGUGCCCAGAUGGUUGGCUGUCCAAGCUAGGAGUGAUUGAUUUUGCAGGAGGCUUUGUUAUACAUCUCUCUUCUGGUGUUGCUGGCUUCACUGCGGCUUAUUGGGUAGGUCCCAGGCAGGACAAAGACAGAGAAAGGUUUCCACCAAACAACAUUCUCAUGAUGUUGGCAGGCGCUGGCCUUUUAUGGAUGGGUUGGACUGGGUUCAAUGGAGGAGCACCUUAUACCGCCAGCACUGAUGCCUCCUUAGCCAUCUUGAAUACGCAUGUCUGCACUGCCACCAGCCUCCUUACUUGGUUGGUCUUAGAUAUUGCUGUCUUUGGCAAACCCUCUGUAAUUGGAGCUGUUAAUGGCAUGAUCACCGGCCUUGUUUGCAUCACCCCUGGUGCAGGAGUUGUUCAAAGUUGGGCGGCCAUCCUGAUGGGCUUAAUUUCAGGAAGCGUACCAUGGUACACAAUGACAAUCCUUCACAAGAAGGUCAAGCUUUUAAGGCACGUCGACGACACCUUUGCUGUCUUCCAUACCCAUGCCCUAGCGGGAAUUUUAGGUGGUAUCCUCACUGGAUUUUUCGCUGUGCCAAAGCUCUGUCGGCUAUUUUACCUCGUAUCUGAAUGGGAAAGGUACAUCGGCCUAGCCUAUGGUUUGCAGACAGGCCGGACCUCAGCUGGGUUACGGCAAAUGGGAGCUCAACUAGCUGGUAUCGGAUUCAUAGUAUGUCUAAAUAUUGUCACGACCAGCUCGGUCUGUUUGUUCAUCAAGUUGAUUGUGCCUCUUAGGUUGGAAGAAGGGGUGUUGCAAAUUGGAGAUGACGCUAUCCAUGGAGAGGAAGCAUAUGUAUUAUGGGAUGAUGAAGAGAAAUAUGAGAAUACCCAGGUUAAUUCUGCAUAUGAUGCUGAUGAGUAUCCAUCAGUUGUUUCUAAGACUCUUAGUGAAUUCCAAAUGGUAUGA